AUGGAGGAUGCUGACUCUCCUCCGCCACCGGGACGCACUAUCGACAUCGAACUUGGAGGCCAAGAAAUCAUCACGAUAGAACUCGACAGCCUUGAUCCCAACCCGGACGACUUGGUCGAGGUAUUGCGGGAGGGGCAAUGCAAAGUGUGGAUAUGGACAAGACUCGCGGCGGAGUACUGGCGGAGAGGACUCCUGGAAGCUGCGGAGAAGAUUGCUCGUACUGCGCUUGACGUUCUGCAACCCAACGAGACUACCGGGUCAAUAGCUCCGGUCUACUCCUUCCUCGCAAACCUCCAAAUCGCCCGAGCUUCCAAGGCCCCCAAACUCAUUCUCACCUAUGCUGCGCAAGACAACAUGACGACGGAGAAGCCGCGAGACGAGUACAACAAGGAGGCUGCCCAGCUUUUCAACACGGGAGAGCGAGCUACUGCAGAGUCUGGCGAGUCUCAGAUGAUGUUGUCUGUGCUCACUCGAGGAAUAUUGCAGCUUAGCUCGGGGCAAUGGGAUGAUGCUGCAAGGACAUUCGAUUCAGUGCUCGCCGAGAAACCAACCAAUGUGGUUGCGUUGCUCGGCAAGGCCAAGAUUGCGUACGCGCGAAGACAGUACCCCCAGUCCCUCAAGCUGUUCCAGCGUGUAUUGCAGUUGAACCCGGACUGUCUCCCCGAUCCGAGAAUAGGUAUUGGGUUGUGCUUCUGGUCGAUGGGCCACAAAGCGAAGGCCAAGGCAGCUUGGCAGCGCAGUGUGGAAGUGAACCCCGGAGAAUGGUCAGCACAGCUACUGCUGGGUCUGGAAGCGAUCAAUGCAAGUAAGGACGACAAUCAGUCGGAGGAAGAACGACGCGAGGAGUUCCUCGUUGGGACGCGUCUCAUUGAGCGCGCAUUCAAUGCCAACCAACGGAACUCUGCGGCAGCCAACGCGCUAUGCGAGCUCUUCCUGCAGAAAGGUGAUACCAGACGAGCUCUCAAACUGGCGGAACGUACUAUCCAAUUUGCCGACGUUAAGGGCAUCCUCUGCGAUGGGUACAUCCGGGCAGGACGGGUGUGCCAUCGUCAAGGUUCACUGCAAGAAGCUGGCACGCAUUUUAACAAGGCGAAAGACGCUAGACCAGAUAGCGUGCUGGCCACGAUCGGGGUCGCCCAGCUGCAGUUGAAGAACGACGAAAUGGCCGGUGCUAUCCAUACUCUCGAUACCUUCCUACAGUCGCCCUCAAAUCCGGACUCCGUCCAACUGACCGCUAUGCUCGCCUCAAUACGCGCCCACUCUCGUCCAGGCAUGACAGAAGCUGAGAAGACAGACGAAAAGACACGGGCGCGUGACUUGUUUGACCGUGUAUGCAAAGCCAUCGGGAUCACCGCCACCGGUCAGAUGAACGGUCACUCAUCAGCCCCCAGCUCUUCAUCACGCAAGCUUGCGGAAGAUUCCGACAUGUUCAUCGAGAUCGCCAAACUCUAUCGAGAAGAUAGCCAUGACCGGAUGGAACGCGCAUACAAGCAAGCACUGACAAGUUGUGAGGCGGCCGGCAAGACAGAACCACGGCUCGUCAACAACCUCGGCGCUCUUCAGCAUCUCGCUGGGCAUUUAGACGAAGCGAGGACAAUGUACGAGACCGCAGUCACUCAAGCGGCAGGCCUGGAUCAGUCAGUCGCUGAGGCCAUGUCGACAUCGAUAUUGUACAAUCUCGCUCGGGUAUACGAGGAUCAGGGAGAGGAUGCGAAAGCAAGGGAUGCCUAUGAGAAGCUUCUCGCUAGACAUCCGGAGUACGUCGAUGGCAAAGUGCGGCAAGCACACAUGCUCGCCGGUAUCAGCCAAUACAACGACGCCCACGAGUUGUUGAAGCAAGCGCUGGCCUCACAACCUGACAACCUGAACCUCCGUGCAUACUACACAUAUUUCCUCAUGCAGUCCAACAUGACCAAAUUCGCCAAGGACUUCGUGUUCUUCACCCUCCGCGACUUCGACAAGUACGACGUCUACUCCCUCUGCGCUGCGGGUUGGAUUCAAUACUAUCAGGCGCGCGAGCUCCGCGAGUCGUCGCCGGAAGCCAUCAAAGAACGCCGUCGUGGCUUCCAGCGCUCCGCCGAGUUCUAUGAGAAGGCCCUCCAAAUCGAUCCCCUUUGUGCGGUCGCUGCGCAAGGUCUAGCCAUUGUCGUAGCUGAAGAUGCCUUGGGAACUCUUGGCGGUGCCCUCGGUCCCAUUGCGCCCGACGAAGCACAGAAGCGGGCGAAGAACACACGCGAAGCUUUGGACAUAUUCGCCAAAGUUCGCGAGUCUAUCAACGACGGCAGUGUCCAUGCGAACAUGGGUCACUGUUACUUUGCGAGGGGCGAGUAUGACAGGGCGAUCGAGAGCUACGAAACGGCGUCGAAGCGGUUCUUCAAGGGCCAAGAUGUCUCCGUUUUGCUCUGUCUCUGCCGAACAUGGAACGCUAAAGGUGCCAAAGAUCAAUCGUUCAGCGCGAUGUCAACAGCGUUGCAGUACGCUCAAAAGGCGCUGCACUUGCAACCGCACGACAAGGCUAUUCUAUACAACAUUGCCAUGAUCCAGCAGAAGGCCGCGGAAAUCAUGAUCGCGAUCCCUUCCGCGAAGCGGUCACUCAAAGAUCUCCAGCGCGCCAUCGAGCAGGCUGGCCACGCACAGAAACUGUUCGCAUCCCUGGCUGCUGAUCCGGCCCCCGUUGUGCCGUACAACCGUGAGCUUGCCGACCAGCGUCGCAAGUAUGGCGAAAGCAUGUUGCGACGCUGCGAAGGAGAGCUUACGACCCAGCGUCAGUACGAGGAGGAGGCGCAGAAGAAGAUUGAGGCUGCGCGCCAGCGGCGACAGGAAGAGCGGGAGCGCGUCGACGCAGCAGAGCGCGAGGAACGCGAACGGCUACGCGUGCAGAACGAAAAGCUCGCGGAGGAGCGGCGUAUCGCGCGCGAGGAGGCGCAAAAGUGGACGCGUGAGGUGCGCCAGAUGGAGAGCGAAGAGGAGCGCGAGAAGGUGAAGAAGAAGCGCCCGAAGCGCGAGCCGAACCUGAGCGGCGAUGAGGGCGCGAAUGGCGGUGGGGAGCCCAAGCCGAAGAAGCGCCGCGGGGGCAAGCUCAAACGGAACACCGAGUCGGGCGCGGAGGAUGAGGACGAGGCUCUGUUCAGUGACAGCGAGCAGAAGCCGAAGAAGCCGCGGGCUCGGGGGCAGAAACGUGCGGUACGGGAUGACGACGACGACGAGGCGGUGGCUGUCUCCGCUCCGCGGAAGAAGCAGUACAAAUCAAAAGAGACUAUAUCGGACUCCGAUGAGGAGAUGGACUAA